GGCUCACUUGGCAGCGUUUUAGAUUAGCUGAAGCAUCUUCGAUGAAUUGGCUGUCUUCGGCUGUCAGUUUAUUAGCAGCUUAUCAGCUUAGUUGUCAAGAUGGGUGGCUGUUGGUCAUGUGUGGCCUGUAGGUCUCACCCAGAGGCAGAACCAAAGGAUGAAGAUGAAGAGGGGGCACUGACAGAUCAUCCCAGAAACCCAACCCAUGUUGCACCAUUUUCUGGGGGACUCCCCAGUGUUUUGGGGGACACUCUGGGGAAAGAGCUCAUUGAGGAAUCCUCCUUGCCAGAACCCCUUCCAGCACUUCACAUCACCAAUGACAUCCUGGAGGAAGAGCUCACUGAGGAACCCUCCGUGCCAGAACCUCUUCCAGCACCUCGCAUCACCAACGACAUCCUGGAGGAAGAGCUCAUUGAGGAAACCUCAGUGCCAGAACCCCUUCCAACACCUUGCAUCACCAAUGACCUACUGGGGAAAGUGCUCAUUGAGGUUACCUCAGUGCCAGGUCCUUCCAUCCUCACAGACACUCCAAAGGAAGCAGCUUCUGUGUCAGAGCCCUUACUAGAGCCUUCCAUUGCUUAUAGUUAUCUUCAGAAAGAAGUAGAACUCUUCAAAGGGUUACAGCAUGACUAUGUCCAGCAGCAAAGGUUUGCUGCAUUUCCCAACAGUUCCCUCGUUCUCUCCGGGCCAUCAACCUGCAAAUUGGACACAUGCAGACAAGGCUCAUCCGCAGUGAAGUUAGGCUGCAGUGGUGGGAAAGGGAAGGUAUGUUCACAGCAUGCCCCUGAAAUUGCUGCUGGGCUAAGAACGGCUCUUUUGUUUAUUUCAUGUUGAAAUAAGUCUGCAUCUAAGGUUUCGGGGGGAGGCCUGUGAGUGGGUUGUCAGUGCUUGCUGAAGUGUUCCUUCGUUUUCUGUCUUUCAUGUGUCCAAGUUCCAGUGCCUGUAAUCCAAGCAGCUUCUCAGAGUGAGCAGUGAGGGCAAGUGAUGGUGGGUGUGGUAGGAUGUCAGCCUUUGCAGCUGACCUCCUGCUUCUUCUCUCUUGCAGAUGUUCCUGCAGGCCCUGCUGCACUUCUCCAGCCCUCUGGGUCUGAUUCAUCAUUGUCCUCUGCCUCCCUUGAGGUUGCCUCCAUCCCACCCUCCACCCCCACCUCUUCCCUCCUCCUGCAUCCCUCUCCACCUCCUCCUCCUUCCCCACCUCCUCUGGAGCCGGACCUCAGCAAUGUGAAAGAAACUCUGCAGAGUUUGGUAGAGAUGCAGGUCCAUCAGCUGCGUGACCGUAAGUCUCACAGAGGCAGCACUCCAUAACCUCUACCUUUUCCAUCCUCAUUGUGAUUUUACAAUCUAAAAAACUUAGUCUAAAAACAGAGGCAGGGAUACAAUAGAAGAAGUAGAGGGAAGCUGAGGUGGGGGCGAGAUGUGUAUGUAUUUCAGCUGCACCUCCUUAGGACCAGGGAGACCCAGGUUUGAAUUCUCAUCCAGUCAUGAAACUCUCUGGGUGACGUUGGGCCAGUCACUUGUCCCACAGCCUAACUUACCUCUUAGGGUUAUUGUGAGGAAAAAAUAACCACGUAUAAACCUCCCUGAGCUGCUUGAGGAAGAGCAGAAUAUGAAUGCUAAAAGGAAAACAAAUACCAGCCCUUUUGAGUUUAAGCUGAGAUGAAACAGGAAACCAAGGAGGAUGAUAUACAAUUGUGCAUAUUGCAAAUCCUCCUUAUAGUGUCAUCAAUGUACAUGGGCAAAAGUUCCCUGCCACCAGGAGCAUACAGUCUAAAGUUUGGCUUUGGAGAGAGAAGUGAGGAAGAGGAGGAAUGGGAGAGGAAAGCAUAAGGGUCAUUCAAUUCAAGCCGAUGGAGCUGCCUUUACUGAGGCAUUACGCCAAAGGCUGCGCAGUGGAGGCGGGUUUUCAGGUAUCAUUGGAGGGAUAGGAGAGAGACGAGGGGCCACAUCUGAGUGGCUGUUCCAGACCCAAGGGUCAGCGAGAGGGAAGAGAAAGAGUUGUUUUAGAGAGCAGGAGACCUUCAGGUGGCUCCUGAAGACAGAGAAGCUGGAAGAGCAAAAAUCAACCUGACGAGGUGUAAGUUCACCAUGGGGCUGGGUACAUAGCCAUGGAGGGUUUUCAAGACAGAGAGGAGGAGUCUGUGCUGGGCAUGGAAGGGGACUAGAAGUCCGUGCAGGGACUGACAUGGUGGAGGACAGGUCCC